UUGAUAUCCAUUUCAGCGGUGUUUAAUAGUUUGUUUAGGUAAUCAUGUAACAGUAUCGGUUCAAUAAUUCAUUGAAGCAGGACGUUUAGAAAUAGUGUUUGCUUAAAACGAGUUACCUUGUUUCCCGGGUAACCCUUUUCAUCAAUAAUUGAGCCAAAUCAAGCUUGUACAAGUUUUUCUCUCAUGUUUAGAUAAUAGAUUUUUUUUUCUUUUCUUUUGAAUGAGUUGCAAUUAUGACUGAGUUUUCAGUGUUUGUGUAAUGGUUUAAAGGUUUAAACUAUUGGUAGGAAUUGUUAGAGCUAUACAAAAGCUACCCAAUGGGGCCCGAGGAAGGACACUGUAAAAGCAGUGAGGGUCUUGAAAGGAUAUUUGGGUGUACCUGAACAGCCUUUGUGCACCUAUAUGUUUACCUUGCUGUGAAUUUCACAGUGAAAUUUGUCAAAGUGGAGUGUUGAAUUUGAUUUUCUUGAAUUUACCUUGAAAUAAGGAAAAGUGUUUAGUUCUGUAGUGCAGGGACUUUUUACUUUGUUUAAAGAAGAAUUAUUUAAAUAUAAUGAUGUCCCGUGUAAACAAUAUCGCGUAUGGGUGCAUGGUAAUAUAAAGAUCAUGGGUAGCUAUUAUGUGGCAUAAGUUUAUUUUCAACAAAUUCUGAUUUUGAAUUUUAAAAAUAUUUUUUAAGAGGAAUUUCCAUUGGAAACAUGUUAUAGCUCUUACGGGUGUAUGGGAAAAACUGGUUGUACAUAUGGCUUCCAGGGAGAAAUUGGAGCAUGCCAUGAUGGAGAAACAUAUCCACCAACUGUUGUUCUGUGAAUGUAUCGGUAUAUCGCAUUUGAACAUCACCGUCCACUUUGAUGUCGGUAAAGUUUCCCCUGAUCCCUGUAGAGUGCUGCUAUGAAACAUUGAUAAUUAGCAGUCCCUGCAGCCCCUAUGAUCUCGGAGGCUAGUGAAACAUUGAUAAAUCUUGGUCCCUAGAGUAAGUCCCUGACACAGGGCUGUAUAAAGUCUACAUCUAUUGUUUCUGCAGCAGGAAAACCAACAGCUGUGGGGUAUGUGUUGUAUGUGUGUUUAUGCAGAAUGCAGCGCUAUACACAAACCCUAUGCUGGUCAAUAAUUUCUGUGUCAGUUAUCAUGUAAGGGAAUUUUCUUUCUUUUCUUUUCUUUUUUCUUCUUUUGGGAGGUUUGCUAAUUAUAGUCAUAUUUAGGACAGUCCUUUACAACUCUCUGAAAGGAAUAGUUGUAGGUUGGUUUUUUUUAAUGUGGGUGGAUUGCAGGGAAUUUUGAAACGAGUCGUGCCUCAUCGACUUGCAGAUAUGUUUUGCCGUUGCGCUACAGUGGUUACAUUAGAGAAGUAGUGAGGAGUUGGGUCGUUUAAAUGAAGGGGUAGUAGGCAAGGUCGGAAGUGCCACGAGUCGGUAGCAGUUCACCUGUCCCAUUCGCACAGACCACGGGGUAAGUCCUAGUGCUCAUUAUCAUUUCUUGGGUCCAGCAUUUAUGAUGAGCUGUCACUGUGCUCUCAGUCAGUCCUCCAUUGGUAGAUAGUACUCGAUAACACUGUUUUCACACAAAAGCUACCAUUAAUGUGGACUGUUUAUAAUUGUUGUAGGCAAAUAAAUGCCAACAUUUCAAUCUAUAUAUAUAUAUAUAUUAGGUUUUGAAAUUUAACAGCAGCAAGGCUAGGUUGAAUAUAUUAAUUUAUUACAUUCAGUGAAAUACAUACAUUGAGUGGUAAAACUACUGCACACUGCUAAACAUUUGUUGCAUUCUUGUGGAAAUUUGAUUGUAUCUCUGACCUAUCCUGUUCUCUCUGUUUGUUGUCAAUGAUCAAGACUUGAAAGAGUAUGUAUACAUCAUUCUGAGUCACUGAAAAAUUCGUAAUGAAUAAAAAGAUAUUAUUUUAUCUAGUAUGUGGUUGAGGCAGCUCAGAAGUACAGUUACUUGUUGAUUAAAUGUGAAAAGAAGCCCAUCUUCUGUAGUUAAUCUUAAUUCCUUGAGUACAAAGGUAAUAUUCUAGAAUGUUGUUGAGGUAGCUCAGGAUUUGUUGAUUUAAUGUUAAAAGGAGCCCUUCUUUUGCUGUGUGUCCUUUAACCUUUGUCUUUUGCUGUGUGUCCUUUAACCUUGUCUUUUGCUGUGACCUUUAACCUUUGUCUUUUAUAAUUUUAAUCUUAAUGAGUACAGAAAUACCCAAUUGCACAGGUUAGAUAAAAUUUUGCCAGGAGAAUUUUUGCCUUGAGUGCAUUUAUUGGCUGCAGUAUUUUAAGAAUAUUUCAAUCAUACUAAGAUAGCUGUAGCACCUAUCUCUUGUGUAGCACAGAUCUAAUUGUAGCACCUAUCUCUUGUGUAGCACAGAUCUAAUUGUAGCACCUAUCUCUUGUGUAGCACAGAUCUAAUUGUAGCACCUAUCUCUUGUGUAGCACAGAUCUAAUUGUAGCUAGUGAUGGGCAAUGGAACCAAAAACCACAAUCGAUUAUCGGCAAUAAUCGGACACAUGUAAUCGAUUAAUAAUGGAUUAUAAUCGGAAUUGGCAUUUAAGUGUUUCCCCCUCAAAUGAGAUGUAACAGAACCAUUAAAUGUAUGGAAACAUUUGAAUUCUUCUUUGUUUCAUUUGUUCACUGGUAAAUAAAUCGGAAUUCCAAUAUAUCAAGUAAUGGAAUUUAUCUAUAAUCUCAAUGUAUCAAAGACAUCAGAGAUAGGCUCCUUUAUUUGACUGUUGAAAGUCAUUGUUGUUACCGUCCUUCAUAUCUCCCGCCAUUUUGUUUGCUUAUUUUUGAUCGGGGCUGACAUACAAAAAAUAAAAUUUGAACAAAGUUGAAGUGAUUUCAGGAUUUUGUUUGGUCAACGAUGUCGGCGACAUAUUUUGUAAUCGAUUAGUAGCAUCGUAGGUAUCUGAACGACAGACAAUCGAUCAUCGGCGACAAUCGUUUCAUCACUAAUUGUAGCACCUAUCUCUUGUGUAGCACAGAUCUAAUUGUAGCACCUAUCUCUUGUGUAGCACAGAUCUAAUUGUAGCACCUAUCUCUUGUGUAGCACAGAUCUAAUUGUAGCACCUAUCUCUAGUGUAGCACAGAUCUAAUUGUAGCACCUAUCUCUUGUGUAGCACAGAUCUAAUUGUAGCACCUAUCUCUUGUGUAGCACAGAUCUAAUUGUAGCACCUAUCUCUAGUGUAGCACAGAUCUAAUUGUAGCACCUAUCUCUAGUGUAGCACAGAUCUAAUUGUAGCACCUAGCUAUCUCUAGUGUAGCACAGAUCUAAUUGUAGCACCUAUCUCUUGUGUAGCACAGAUCUAAUUGUAGCACCUAUCUCUAGUGUAGCACAGAUCUAAUUGUAGCACCUAGCUAUCUCUAGUGUAGCACAGAUCUAAUUGUAGCACCUAUCUCUUGUGUAGCACAGAUCUAAUUGUAGCACUUAUCUCUAGUGUAGCACAGAUCUAAUUGUAGCACCUAUCUCUUGUGUAGCACAGAUCUAAUUGUAGCACCUAUCUCUAGUGUAGCACAGAUCUAAUUGUAGCACCUAGCUAUCUCUAGUGUAGCACAGAUCUAAUUGUAGCACCUAUGUCUAGUGUAGCACAGAUCUAAUUGUAGCACCUAUUCUUUGUGAAACGUCAGUGGUAACCCUUAUAUUGUGCAUGGCACCUAUCGUAUGUGUAGCACCAAUGCUAUGUGCUGUUUUACAAAUGGGCCCCUGUACUGAUCUUUUGGGAAGAAAUUCUGGUGGGUUUCUUGCCCUGCCUCUAAUUUUGUGUUCAUAUUGCCUAGCCUUUAGUUUUGUGUUCAUAUUGCCCUGCCUUCAGUUUUUUAGUUUGAAGAAUGUAUUUAUUUCCAUUUGCCCUGCCUUUAAAAUUAGUUUUAAGAAGGUACUGCCCUGCUUUAGUUCUGUUGUUGUAGUACCUUGCCUUGCCCCCCCCCCCCCCCCCCCCCCCCCCCCCCCGGGCUGUACAUGGUCUUAGACAGCAACAACACCCCCCCCCCCCCCCCCAUUCUCCAUGGUGUACUAAUCUUCGAGUGUGUCUGUAUUGCCUUGCCUGUGUACAUGGUACUAACCUGUGGAUCACUAGUUUGACAGCAGUGGGUCACACUUGACCAUAUGUAUGUUUUAUAUUGAUUGGUUUGGCCCCCAGGCAUUGCAUGUGGUCAGCGCGGAGAAUGUGUGAUGUUAUGUACAUACCUAGAGAGGACCAGUAUCUAAGAUGAUGUGUGGUGUGAACUAUUUUGGAGAUAGUGUUAUGUUAUGAUGUAUCUGUGAAUUGUAACAGAACUUUGAUGUGUGUUUGAGAGACAUUAUACAGAAGGUUUGUAGUCUUCAGCUCGUUUUAAACUACUACAUGUAUAAACUAUCCAGAAAAGGGCAAUCUAUAGUCUAAAGCCACAUCACUUUUAAACAAAAUUGUAUUCAUUAGCAUUCUUUGAAAGAACCUUAACUCAGGUCAAACUUGUAAACUUCCACUAUUGCAGUGUCGCUCUGUGGGUUAAUCCUUAAGAGUCUUUUUAUUAAGUGGUCUUUUUUGCAUGUUGACUUUUUUAUGGUGUCUUGUUUGAUAAAUUUGACAGGUAGUAUGCUUACCUACACAGAUUGUGUUUUAUGGUGUCGUAAACUUCAGCAUGUGUCCCCACAGAGCAGUGGAAACUUUGGUUGUUUUAUUAUUUAUGAACCGACAAUUAGGGGGCGUGUCCCUAGCCUUGGUCAUAGAAUAGAGAAGGAGGGGCUCCCUGAUGUUAUGACCUGAAAAUUACCUGCCAAUAUUUAGGUGUCAAUAACACAGGUGAAAUUACAGCAGAAUUAAUGGAUCAGGCCACAGAUGCUUUAUUUUCGUUUUAGACAAUAAUCCAUAAACUCUUAUUAAAAUCUUGUAUAGGGAGGCUGUAUUACCAAACUGUAUAAAAAAUUUAUCAAUUAUCCGUAAAUGAUUCUCAGAUUUUGUUUGCUUAAUCAAUCAGAGUUACCCAGUGUGAUUUCUGCAUAAAGCGACAACGCGUUGAAACUGAAUGAUUUUCCAUAACGUACUGCUUAAGGUAGAUAAAGGUUAAAGUUGCAGAGUUUGAGAAAAUUACGUUAAAAGAAAGCAUAGGGGGGAAAAUGGGACAGGAAGUUGUUUCCUUUAUGGGAAAAUGUACAGUUUGUAGAAAAUCCUAAAUCCAAUUGUGAAAAAAAAAGAGAAAUAAAGAGACAGGAAAUUUUUAUGGCAGGAGAAGAAAGAGGAAAGAUGAUUGAUUUUUUUUUUUUUUUUUUUUUUGGUAUAGAGUAGGCAGAAUGGGAUGAUGGAGCAUGCCACAAGAAUUGCCCCAUAAAGACAGAACUGCUAGUAAUUUAUUAAUUGAAAAGCAAUGAAAAUUUAUUGCAGUAACUACAUUGCUACUCUAGUUUCUAAAGGUCCUCACUGCAAAAUAAAGAAAUUUUGUUUUCUAAUGAUGAGUUGUUUUUUGUUUUAAUGAUGCCAGAUAGCAGUUUUAUGGAUUGAUAUUUGUUUAUUAAUCAUGCAUUAUAGUAAUGUUUAUUUUAAAGCAUGCGAAGAUGAAGUAUAUAAUGUUAACACUAUUAAUGUUAAACAAUUUUCAUCAUGUAUUCUACUCCGUUUGUAAUGGGGUUGUUUUUUUUACUACCAGUUUCUUUCUUCACACACAUGGCGAUGCACGUACACACUCGCACACACACACACACAUCUACACUUCCUUAAUUAGGGAACUAUAAUUUGAAUUUGAAUUUUACGAAUUUUUUUCCUACAAAGGUCGAGUUGGAGGACGAAAAAAAAAAAAAUAAUAAUUCACAUUCAAUACUUAAUCAUAAAUCUACCUUUUAACAAUUUCAUACAAACACUAUUGCAAUGUUAUUUUCACACAUGGCAACAAUUUCUACUUCGGAUAGUCACGACUCCGUCCUAUUGCUAACUAUCGUCCCAACAGAGUCCGUGGUUUUACUUUUUAUAAAAGUUUGCAAAAGGAGGUUUUAGGUUGUCCUUAAACAUCACAACACACAGCCAAUGAUGUUCACACUUUUACUCCAUCGUGUAAUGCAUACAUAUAUCAAGUCGCCUUAAAGUGUGAUUGCUACACAAUUACGAUCAUUUGAUGCAAACGUUUAAAGAAUUCGCUAUAUAUUAUAAAGUGCCGGUUUAACACGAGCAGCUUGCAAAAUUCCAGAUCCUGAUGUUUUUUUUAUUUAAAAGCAAAAAAUUAGAGUCAGCGGAUCCGUUAAGCUAAAAAUCAAAUUACAGUCGCCUUAGCAAGACGAUAUCUGCCAUUAAUAUGGAAACAAUGAGUUCAAAAUUUUAUUUUUACACAAAAUAAUUGGAUUUUACUCCCCAAGUUUUAGAUGAUAUUUUGAAUGUCAGAAUACAUGAUUAAUACAAUAAUUCAUGCCGUAAUUUCAAUGCAUUUUUAAUUGAUACCGGGCUCUGUAAAAUACAAUCUGUUAUUUGAUAUACAUGUUGAUACAUAUUGGAAGGAAAUACACAUAUUAAGUGUUUUAAAAGCAAACUUUAUUUUUUUAAUCAUUUAAUGAGAAUGAAACUGAAUAUUAGAAUUUCAUGUGCAUGGUGACAGCAGUGUUAUCAGAAGCAAAGGUUUUCAGGAUAUUAAUUAGUCUAAUUGAUUGCAUUAACUUGAUUUUAAAUUGGGCUCUGAAUUUGUUGGAUCUGAUCAUUGUCAGCUUAGAGUGCUACUAAGAUUGCCAUUAGUGUAAACUGAGAAUGGAAUGCUGUUUUUAGGGACAGGAAGUUGGUUUGUAUCAACAGUAUUAUAUGUUUUCACCUGUUGUAAGGGGUGCAAGUAUACUUUUUCUAAUUCAUGUGAAACAAUGUUACAAUAUUUUAAUUAGGACACGUUGAUGAUUUUUAAAUGUUUAAACUCUAGUAGUAUAAUUUGCUGAAUCCUCUAGACUAUUGGUAUUAAUUGGAUGAUAUGAAUUGCAUGCAGUUGGAUUAGAUUUUUUCCAAGGCACAAUAUGAUCUGAGUAAACUUCUAAUUAUGGACAUAAAUUUGUAUGAAUAUAAUCAUUGAACUGGUCUGCACUGUUAAGCAGUGAAAGAAAAUGAGUGUAUUUCAUGGGGAGAAAAUGGUUUCAUGUGGAAAUAAAGUUUGUCCUGAUGAAAUGAAUAUGGCAGGAUAAAUGGUGAAAAUUGAUCGAGUUAAAAUCUUGAUUGUUUGAUAUUGAUGUUUUGAAGUUUUAAGCUAGUUCCCAACCUUUAAUGGCUGGCAUCCCACUGUGAGUCGCUUGUUGAGAGGGCUGCACAGGAACAGUGGACCCAGGACUGCUGGUGCAUUGUGGCCUGUCUUUUGUGUUGGGCAGGUUUCCAUAAUGGAUGGUCAAUAUUGUACAACUUUUACAGGGCUCUGAAUUGCAGGGUAAUGUUUAAUAUAUAAUAUUACGAGGGUAAUGUUUAUACAGUACUAUCCAUUUUCAUGGACUAAAUUUCUCUUGCAGAUGAUGAUUAAUGGCAUUUGAAAUUACAUCAAAGAUUUUUAUAACAAAUGAUUGGAUGGGUGACAAAGUUGCACUUAGUAUUAUAAAUGUGAUUUUAAAUGCAAAUAUUUUUUAAGAAAUCAUCGAUGAUAUACAUGAUAUCUAUUUUUACCAAGCUAGAGUGAUUUUCUUCAUUUAUCAGAACAUAAACUUUUAUAUAUCUGUCCCACUUGAAUUAUAUUGAUGAAGAUCUAAAAUUUUGUGGCAUUUCAGUAAGCCAAGUUAUCCCCCCCCCCCCCCAAACUUCUUUUUCUUGUGAGUUCAGUGUUAAGAAAUGAUGGUGUGUUUUUGUAUUUAAUGGGGAAUAAAUGACAUGUUGUUUGAUGAAGACGAGCUUUUUCCAUUUCCAAACAAAAUUUUGACAUGGAGGAGACAAUUUUUCAUCAGUCUAACAAAUAUUCACAUGGAAAGCAUGUUUAGUUGCCUCUCUGUAUGGAAACAAACAAGGCCAUGCAUUUCAGACAUCACUCCUGAUUGCCUGAGAAAAAGACAUCCACAUAGAGGAUGAUUUUAAUGUUUACUUUCCAACAUUUCAUUGAAUUACGCAAAAUUUUAUGUCUUAACAAUAUUGAGAUUGAAUUAAAACGUACUGAUGUUUGUAUAGUGUGUAUCAUAUUGAAAUAGCUGGUUGCGGCCUUCUUUGAUGUUUACGAUAGAAUAAAGUUCCGUUUAUCUACAUUUCUUUAUUAUAGUACAGUAGUAAAGAAGUUCAAAUCUUAGGUUAAAAUCUCAUAAGGGCAUUAUUUUUUAUUCCCUCUCGAUGUAUUUUGAGACCACUUUUGAACUGAAAUUUUUUUCAAUAUCUGAUCAUUUUAAUGAAGAUUUUAUAUGAACAUGCAUACUAAAAACAGUUUCAAACCCAGGAUGUGAAGAGAAAGUGUUUUUGAAGUUAUUUAAGGAAUGAAUUUCAUUUUUGAAAAUCCAUAAUGAGGGCAUGAACUGUGAAGUGUUGUAUUAGCAUUCUUCAUGAAGCGUGUUAGAGCUUUAUGAAAAAUAUGUUGGUGUGCCGUGUUGCAAUUCAUCCUCCUAAGUAUUUUUCUGAAAUAAAAUUUAUUAUUUAUAUUUACAUCCUACUUUCGUUUCUGUCAGAAUUCCCAGCUGUUAAAAUAGAGGUAUCAUAUAUUGAUCAAAGAUUCAUACACUCAUUGUUUACAACUGUCUCGCAUUCAUGAGAAAAUGGUUUUCAUUACAAUUGGUGAAGACAUCAAAGGCAAAAACAUUGGCAAUGUAAAUCUGUAUAAGAGUAUGUAGACACUUAACCUAACUUGGGGAGGAAUGCGAUGCAUAUUGAAGAUGUGGAAAAUGAAAUGUGCGUGAUCACGAGAGUUAUGGACAAGAACCAUGAUCCACCUCUUUGUUUUACUGUGAUCUACCACCAUCUGUUGUGACAGAAUUGUGGAGGACUUGUGUGAAAUCAAUUGUAAUAAGGUAAAGCCAAAUAUUUGCUAACUUGAAAGAACAAGGUCAAUUGAUAGCUUACAAAGGAAACAUGAAGUCAAUAGUGGUGUUCUGUGAAGUCCAAUGUGUUUGUUGUUCCAUGUUGCAAGGACCUGCGGUUAAAAACGAUUUUUAGAAGAAAAAAAUUACGAAGAAGAGGUUACCGUUCUUUUAGAUAAUUCUAUGGAGACUCACUGAAAAAAAGAAAGACUGAAAGCAGAAACUUUUUUUUUUUCUAUGUACCAUUAUUUUUAUGAUCAAUACGUUCAGCAAACUUGGAAAUGUUCUUGUUGUGAUUGUUGCAGACAAUCCUGUAGUGGUGUACAUGUAUUAAAUUUGUUUGAUGACCAAAUAUAGAUUCUUGCUGAUUUACUUGCAAGGCAUGAUCAGUUUUACAAAGCUUUUUUUUUUUUUUCUGUGAUCUGCUUUCUAUUGUGGAAUAUGAUGCAUGUGGGCAGCUGAAUUUCUAUUAACUGCAUUAUAAAGACAGUAAUUUGUCACAUUGAACUUCCUAGUACUUUAGGCAGUGUAAAAUGCACGUUAUGGUUACAAACUUACAAGCACCAGCAUAUAUGAUUUCUCAGCUUCAAAAGAUGCCCAGUCUGGUGGCAAAUAAAAAAAACCCCGAUCAUUAACAUAGAUAUAAGGUCAGAAAAUACGGAAUUACAAUGGCAUUAUGACUUAAGUUUUGUGUGCGGACAAAAUCGUUAGACAAUUAUUGCUGGAUGUUAGAGUGGGAUUUAGGGUUUUAAGGUACGGUAUGAAUACAACAGAAGGAGAAAGUGAGCUGAUUAGUGAAGCGGUCUUAGGUGAUGUCAUGUAAUGUCCGGCUAACGGUAUUGUGGUCCAGGCGUUGGUCCGUGACUGUUUGAUAGGCCUACUUGUUUUAACGCCACUGUAGGACGAGGCAAAUGCUUUAAAUUGUUUGCUCAAUAAGCAUUACCGUGGGGGAAAGAGAAUUUGUUUAAAUACAGAAUUAUAAGCUUUUGUUAGAAUGAAAUAAUUCCGCAUUGGGCUUUAUUAUGGUCAAUAGUUGUAGAAGAGGUUCAGAAAGGGGAACUGUUGGUAUCGUACUGAAAUUAUAUUUCAAUAUCUGCAUAUAUAAUACAUUAAAGAUAUAUCUUUUAUCAGAUUUAGAUAAUAUAGUAAGAGUUGUAUUAUUCUGGUAGUUAAUAAUGCUUUGUAUUUUAUUCAAUUAUUUUCACUUGAGUGAAUUUCUGUUAUAACUAAUAAGGAAAUGCCAAUUCAAUUUGUGUCCCCAAAUCAUUUUAAACUAUGCAAGAAGAACUGAAAUGCUUGAUUAGAUGUGGUCAUUGUAAGUUAUACAGAAACUGUCAUUGUAUAUAUCCCUUCAGAAUUAAAACCUUGGUGUGUUUAAAUCUCAUGGUGUGUCCUACAAGAACCCCAGGAACUUAUUUUUAGAUAAUUCUCGAAUUUUUCGGCCAUGUAAUCCUUCUUUUUUACUGUGCCAGUGAGAGCAGGAUUAAGUUGGUGACAUGUUCACCGUGUUUUCGGUUCCUGUCGCCGCUGACCAUGCUUUUGACUGCCUUUUCUGCCCAGGGACCACCACAUUGGCAGAAGCUGUACAUUUUAGUCAUGUCUCAAGAAAUCUGCUGCUUGGGGGGGAACGUCAUUUAUUGAAAUCAUCCAGGAGCUUUCUGAUCAGUCAAUAUUUGGGACUGAUUCAUGAAUGUCAGUUUGACCUUAGUAAACCCCUGUGUGUUUAAAAUGUUUCCUUCAAUAGUCUUGUCUAGUCCUGAUGGUAACAUGACUGCAUGGUGAAUGGAAAACCGGAUGGCAACAUUUGUGGAGAGACUCGUCGGUGGGUAGGUACUUGAGCUAGCAUCUUGGUGUUGGCCCAUGUCAUAUUGAGUUUACGAAACCUUGCCUGUCAUUAUGGUGCAUAUAUUUUUUCAUGCCCCCGCUGAGAACCUCGAAUAUAGUUGCUUUAAUUAUUGAUUUGCUAAUUGGAAGUGACUAGAAAUUGCUUACAGAAAUAUUGAGCUUUCUGACCAGUGUAUAGGACUGUACCACAGCCAGCUUGUCAGGGUUGGACGAGAUUGAAGCAGGUGCUUGUUUUCUAUCAGGUACUACUACUCCUGACCUUGAGAGUGAAAACUUCCGCAUGUUAACAAAGUGUAAAGGAUUACCUGUGUAUUGGUUUGUCACCUGUAUAACUUCAGGUAUGUGUAAAAUCAUUGAGGGAUUGUUCAGUGUGUGUUUGUUCUGUGUGUGUAGGGCAAUAUAGGCAUGCAUUGCAUAUGUUUUGUGUCAGAGUUUGUCGCUAUCCUGUGGUUCAAAUUUUUGCUGUUUUUUUUUUUUUUUAAAUUUCUUCUUUUUUUCUUUUUGGCAUUAGAAAAAAAAAAGAAGAAAUCUCCGUGUGAAUAUUGAUGGAUUUUUAAAAGAUGGUAAUGAAUUAUAGAAUUUCUAGUAACAGGUGUUUAUUUUAGUAUCUCAGUCAUUGUGGUAUUAAUAUCUGCAGUCCUUUUAGUAUUAGUGUCUGCAGUCAUUGUUGUAAUUAAGGUAGAGUUUGCCACAAGAUCUUACAGAAUAUCCUUAACCCAACUAUAUCUUGUUGAUCAAGUGAAUAGGCUAAUUCGUGUUGGACAGAUAGAAAGAUGAUUAAAUAUUGAUGUUUUAUGACGUGGAGUAUGUGUUAAGGCAUAGUCCUGGCCCUUGUCCCUGUGGACUAUCAUUAAACCUCCUCAAAUUUCACAUUCCGUUGUUAUAUAGCAUGUCAUCCCAAGUACCAUCUGAUAUACAUUGUCUCUGUAACAUGCAACUACAACAAGCAUGGGAGGCGGGCAGACUGCAGGGGGAAACCCAUACCAAGAACCCUCCUGUACUUGUUAUUUUCUUACCUGUACUUUCAGUUUUGCCAUUUUGAGUGCAUUGUAAAAUUUAUUGUAUUUUGUUUUGGUGAUUCACGUCAUUACAUGUAAGUAACAAUUGAAAGUUGUGUGAAUUAAGGUGUAUUUUAUAUCUUGCGUAUAUAGUUUCUCAUCUCUCAGCCAGCCUUAUUGAAUUCUAUCAGUGUUCCAUUCGUGCGCAAGUGAUAUUCCUUAAAUUUCAAAUAAACAUUUUAUUUUGUAUUUGAAACUGUGAAUUCUAGCAAUGUGGGUAUAAAUUUGAAUCCUGUAAUAAUUUUAGAGAUGUAUGCAUUAGAAAGUAUGGUGUGGUUUUUUUAAAAGUCAAGAAACCUUAUUAUCCGUAUUUAACCUAGUCAAGACAUGCCAAUUAAAAGUUCAUGAUUUCUCAUUAACAUGGGAUAAUGUUUGCAUCUGAACAAAUUAAACACAUAAAAAACACACUUCCUAAUUGUGGAGUCGCAGCAGAAGUGUGCAGAGCCCGACAUUUUGAGGCUCAUCUUGUGAUUUUUAAAGCCUUUUUGUGAGGUAAUUAUGUUAUGGCAGACAAUGAAACGUGGCAUUAUUGCCUCUUGAUCUAUUGUCAUUGGAUGACUACAGCAGUUUGUUUUUAUCUCAUGACAAAAAAGGAAAUUAGAAAAAAAAAUUCUGUAAUUGUAACCCUCUUUUUUGCUUGUAUCAGUCAGGGGAAUGUUAAACUGUGAAGCAUCGAGUAUGAAUUUCUCAGAAGAAUGAAGGUUUUUAAUUUUAUUUUGGAACUUGAAAUGUGGUUGCGAUAACAACAGUUCAUACUUUUUAAUCAGUUAUAGAAAAUUGUGGAAUUAAAAGCAAAAUAUGAGCAAAAUCAGCACUGUUAAUGGGAAGCGACAGACUUAAGUAGGGGAACGGAAAGAAAUUUUAUUUUCGAGAAUCUCAAUGCGCUGUACUCAGGAAUGUAGAAAAUCCCAGGAGGGUGAAUGAUUCAAAGCUACUAAGGAAUACACAGGUCUACAGAAGAUCAGCAGCUGUAGGUAUGAAGGUAGGCAGUUGUAUGAAGGUAGGCAGUUGUAGGCAAGAAUGUAGGCAUGAAGGUAGGCAGUUGUAGUUAAGAAGGUAGGCAGUUGUAGGUAUGAAGGUAGGCAGUAGUAGGUAUGAAGGUAGGCAGUUGUAGAUAUGAAGGUAGGCAGUUGUAGAUAUGAAGGUAGGCAGUUGUAGGUAUGAAGAUAGGCGGAUGGAGGUAGGCAGUUGUAGGUAUGAAGGUAGGCAAUUGUAGUUAUGAAGGUAGGCAGUAGUAGGUAUGAAGGUAGGCAGUUGUAAGUAUGAAGGUAGGCAGUUGUAGAUAUGAAGGUAGGCAGUUGUAGAUAUGAAGGUAGGCAGUUGUAGGUAUGAAGGUAGGCAGUUGUAGGUAUGAAGGUAGACAAUUGUAGUUAUGAAGGUAGGCAGUAGUAGGUAUGAAGGUAUUCAGCAGUAGGUAUGAAGGUAGGCAGUUUUAGGCAUGAAGGUAGGCAGUUGUAGAUAUGAAGGUAGGCAGUAGUAGGUAUGAAGGUAGGCAGUUGUAGGUAUGAAUAGGCAUGAAGGUAAGCAGUUGUAGGUAUGAAGGUAGGCAGUUGUAGGUAUGAUGGAGAAAGGUAGUGGCUGGGUACAAGGUUAUUGGUGAGUUAAUUUUAUUGGUGAUAAGGAAGGGGAUGUCGUGCACAUCAAAUUGUUGGAGAGGUUUUUAUGUCCUGGAUUUGAAUUAUAGUUCUAGAUUUCAUAAAUUGAAGUCCUGAGACGGUGAUUUGCUCUGUCGUGCCAUGAGACUGUGACAUAUUGCUUGUUACUUAAUUUAUGUGUUAAUGUUUGAAAACCAAUAGCUAGAGUUGCAUUGAAUGCUGAAAUAUUGUAUAUAAAGGCAACAGAAAUAUAAGCACUUGCACGACCUAUAGAAUGGGCAGAUCGUUCCAGGAAAUGGAGAUGUUACGUAUGGUAGAACCGAGAAUAUUGUCAGACAAAGCCUCAUUUUCAUUAAGGCUGGGAGCUGCCAGGGCAUCAACUCAGAAGUACAGAUACGCUUAUUUAUAUUUGUCUUCAUUUUGUAUAUGAACAGAAUACAAAGGGAGUUAAUUUUGAAGAGACAGUACCAAACAGAUCACUGGGACACAUAGUGAGGGCGAGAUAGGGAAGGGGGAGAGAAGACGUGAGGACCAGGGAAAGGAUGGGGGGGGGGGUAGAGGUUUUCCUGGCUGUCCAGGUGGAGUUUAUCAUCACUUGUAUUUUAUGAAUACAUGUGUAAGCACAGGAACUGGUGUGGUCUUACACAAUACUGGGAAUCACAAUGCCAUGAGUUGGAACCUUUUCAUUUUGGAUCCCUUCCCUCUGGCAAGAUCAGAUGGUCAGCAUUGGCCAGGUAUAUACAGAGAUUGGAGAAGUUGUCGUUGAAGUGGGAUAUUGCCAAAAACGAUGUACGGCAGGACCAGCACCAGAUCCUUAAAGACAAAGUUUUACUACAACAGCAGCUCAUCAAGAAACAGGAUGCCCUCGCUCAGGCUAAGCGGGACGAAAUGGAAAAGGAGGCCUGUAAGCAACGAGAAUUGGAGAAGACUAGGAAACAGGCCAAAGAAUCAGCACUACUUCAGCAGUGUAAGAAUUCUCUAGAGGAGGACAGAAAGUCAGCAGGUAAAGAGAAAAAAACCAAAGCCAAAGUCACUACUCCACCCACGCCAUCUUCUGGUGGACCGUCCAGCCCAGUCAAAACUCCAUCCAAAGCACGCCGCUUCCAACCAAACCUUUCCCCGGUCAACCGAACUCCAACAAACCCCAAUCUUCUGGAACGCGAUCCAUCGUGGAGCAUGCCUGAGGCGGACCAGUUACCAUGGCACCAGAAACAGCUCUACCAGGUCCUAGGCAAGGGAGCAGACUAUUUCCUGCACCCCAAAAUAGAAAAGAAGGCAGUUAAACCGGUCAACAGCAAGCUGCGGAAAGAAGGAGGUCGAGCUGGGGUGGAGAGACUGUUAAGAACGCUACGAGACGAGUCCCAGAUUAGACUUCUCAAGGCAGAUGCACACAUUCCACAGGAACUGAAGGACACGUUUGGAGCCUUUGUAAGAGAGAGUGUUGGAAAGGACCGCCCUCCAGUCCAGAGGUUCUUCUGUGCCCAGGAGGAUGUUCCUGAGUUAGGUCGAUUACAAGACCACUCCAAGUCCAUGCGAGUGCGACAUUACAAACACAAGACAGACCUGAUGUACAGAGCCUCCAGGAACAAUGAAGACCGCACGAACAUCCUGAUUCACAACAACCCACCCCCGGAGGUAGCCUCAUUGGAUGCAGAGAAUGAUGGGGUGGGGCGAUAUCUACCCUCAUGGAUUGAUGACCUUGCAGAGUCUGAGCCCGAUUACAUGAGGUGGGUACAGGAAGGAAAACACACCCACCGUGACCUGACCAGUCAGCCAAUCAGAGAGGACGAAGAGGAGGUGGAGCAGGAAAAGGCCGAGGAGUUUACAGACGAGGUCAUCCUCCAAAUGAGUCGAAGAAAACACCGCCAACCACAGCCCAAGUACAUCUUUAUGAAGGAAAAGGACACAAACUUCAAAGGGACAUUUACAGACAAGUUCCGAGACAAGUAUGAUAAUGCUGACAUCCCUCGGCCAUUCAAUGCUGGCAAGCUGCCAACCCCCACCAAGUCAAAGUCAGUUUUGGGUCUGACAACGGAGGACUUGAUGGAAGACGACCGACCAUCCUGCCAGUCGGCACCAGUUCCGAACAGACACCGCCGUUACUAUGACUACGUCUCGCAGUGGGAGCCCCUCAGUAUGAAUGCAUUGAUCGAGUACACGAAGCGGAAAGAAGCAGAAGGGGUUGGCGAGUUCAACCAAGGUCGUCCAAAAAUGUGGACCACCGAGGUCAAGGUCACGUGAGACAAAAAUUUACAAAACGAGACUGAGGCUCUGAUUUAUUUAUGAAUCAGGAUUUUAUUGUACAGCUACACCCUUUUCAAUAGGUGAUUUUUUUUCAUUGAUUUGUGAUAUAAACAUGUAAGGUCUCUGAAUUGCAUUUAUUCAGUAUUAUUUUUGCAAGUGUUGAUGUCAGAGCGUUUGAAUCUGUGAUAUUUCAGGAUUUUUAUCAUAUCCGUCCAAUAUUUUUCUCUUUGAUUGUACAUGUAUUUACAUUCAUAUGUGCUAAACUCUUGUGCUUUGACCAAUAAAAUUUCAAAACCUU